AUGCCUGACGACAUCAUCAUCUCGAUCGACGGCGUCGAGAUUAGAACCCAACCAGGCAAGAUGGUGCUGGAAGCCGCCAUCGAGUCCGGCGUCUACGUCCCCUACCUCUGCUACCACUCGGGUAUGAAGCCUUUCGGGGCCUGCCGGAUGUGCGUGGUCGCCGUCGAGGGUGGACGCGGCUUCCCGGCAGCCUGCACUCUCCCCGUAGCCGACGGCAUGACCAUCUGGAGCGACACCCCAGACGUUACCGAACUCCGCCGUUCCGUAAUGGAAAUGUUGAUUGCUGAGCAUCCCAACGGCUGCCUCACCUGCCACCGCGUCGACAUCUGCGGCCCAUCUGACGUUUGCCUGCGCCACGACCCUUUCUAUGAUCGCGACCUCAACCUUUGCAUCACCUGUGGCCGCUGCGUUCGCGCCUGCGAAGAAGUGCGCGGCGACAACGCCAUCUGCUUCACCGAGCGCUCCGGCAACGCGCUGGUCGGUACCUCCUUCGGCACCUCCCUGCUGGAAUCGGGCUGCGAAUUCUGCGGCGCCUGCAUCGACGUCUGCCCCGUAGGCGCACUCACCGAGCGGGACAACAAGUGGGAAAAACCCGCCAGCGUAGAACGCACCGUCUGCACCCAUUGCCCGGUCGGCUGCCAGAUCAACCUGGAGCAAAAUGAGCAGGGCCGGGUCAUCCGCGCCGUGCCCGAAUUCAACUCGCCAGCCAAUCACGGCCAGGCUUGCUACAAGGGCAAGUUCGGACUCAGCCAUAUCACCAGCAGCCAGCGGCUGCGCCGACCCCUGAUUCGCCGCAACGGUCAGUUGGAACCCGCCACCUGGGACGAGGCCCUCGACCUGGUUGCCGAAAAGCUCCGACCUCACCAGAACGGCGCCGGAUUCGGCCUCAUCACCGCCGCCGACAGCACCAACGAGGAGCUUUACCUCGCCCAGAAAUUCGCCCGCCUCGGCAUGAACACCAACAAUGUCGACCACUCCGGCAACACCCAGCCCACGCUGGUCAGCGGGCUGGAAGACGUACUCGGAUACCCCGGCGCCUCCAACUCCAUCUGGGACCUGGCAAAGGCCGGCUGCAUCCUCGUCUUCAACACCAACCUCACCGAAAGCCACAACGUCGUCGGCGUGCCCAUCAAACAGGCCGCCCAGGCCGGUACUCCGCUCAUCGUAAUCGACAUCAGAGAAGUGGAGUUGACCCGCUACGCCGAUCUCUGGUUGCGCCCAAUCCCGGGCUCCGAGCUGGUGCUCAUCGGCGCCAUCCUGAAAACUAUCAUCGACGAAGGCCUCACUGACUCCGAAUGGCUCGCCCAGUACGCCGAAGGUCACGACACCCUUGCUUACGAGCUCGAACGCAUCGACGACGCAGCCAUCGCCGCCACUGGCGUCCCGCCGGAUGACAUCGUCCGCGCCGCCCACCUGUUCGCCAGCGCCAACGAAGCCGCCAUUGUGUACGGCCUCGACAACGUUCCCGACGCCAUCGCUACGGAUUGCGUGGUCGCUUUGGCCGACCUCGCCCUCCUGACCCACAACGUCGGCAACGCCAACGGCGGCAUCUUCCCCAUGCGCCAGGGAGCCAACGGACAGGGGGCCACCGACGUCGGCUGCACUCCCUAUCGGCUCCCCGGAGGUGGCCCGCUCCACGACGACGAACACCGCGCCGCGGUGGAAGCCGCCUGGGGCAUCACCCUACCGUCCCAAACCAGCCGGGGCACGGCGUCAAUGCUGCAAUCCGCCGCCGACGGAACCAUCCAGACCAUGCUCCUGAUCGGCGACAGCAACAACUUCGCCAGCGGCGCCUUCGGACACGGUAUUGACACGCUCGAACGCCUCGAUUUCCUCGUCGUGGCCGAGUCUUUUCUGACCCCGGCAGCCCAAGUCGCCGAUGUGGUGUUGCCCCGCUCCACCUUCGCCGAAAAACACGGCACCUUCACCAAUCUCGAGCGUCGCAUCCAGCGCGUGCGUCCGUCAGUAACCGUCAGGAACAACGACGCCAUGCCCGAAGGCUGGGUACUGACCCAACUCGCCCAACGCCUCAACAUUCCCGGCAUCGACUACUCCGACCCAUCGGCGGUAAUGGAUGAGCUCGCUGCCAUCACCGUCAACUACGGCGGCGUCAGCUACGCCCGCCUGGCCGCCGAAUCCACCCUGGUGAUGAAAACGGGCGUCGAUGCCCCGCGUCCGACCCAGCUCCUCUACACCACCCGCGAAGAACGCGGCAUCCAGUGGCCGUGCCCCAGCGCCGACAGUCCGUCCUCCCCAGCCCUGUACCGCGAUGGCUUCCCCAGCGGCACAGCCGAACCCGGCGCGCCCUACUUCCACAUCGUCGACCCGCCCACCGAUGCCCAUCGCCCGGCGUUGUACGCCCCCGGCCGCGUCCUGCUGCAACGCGACCGAGACAUGACCAUCGAACCUGACGGCAUCAGUUCCAACGGCCUCAAUCGCAUCGUCCGCGACGAACUCGUCCAGCUCAAUCCGGCCAACGCCGUCGAGUGGGGCAUCGCUGACGGCGACCCGGUAGCCGUAGAGACACCCCGCCAUCGCCUCACCGGCGUAGCCUCUAUCGACACCCGCAUCCCAAUCGGCAUCGUGGCCACAACCACCCUGUUCGGUCAGCUGGCCAUCGAACUGCAAAUGUCCGAGGACAUCAACCCCAUGGCGCGUGUGCCGGGCCUUGACGUGGAACCCUGCGCGGUGGUGUCGUUGGUGACCUGA